CCUGCAAGCGGCUCCCCGUUCCAUCCUCGCAGCGCGCCUCGUUUCCUCGGGAAAAGGCGGUUCGAGCGCCCCCCUGAGGCGUCCGUCGUCAUCGGCCGGGAAAAAUGGAGGGGCGGCGAGCCGUCCGUAGGCCCGCAGCCGCCAGGCGCUCUGAGGCGGUGGAGUCCGACGACGACGUUACCGGCACCACGAGCGACGCCGAACCCGGGGCCUCCGUCGGCUACGACAUCAGUUUAACCGUGACCCAUAUUUUCUCCGUGACCAGGGGCCGCCCCGGCGACGAGAACUCCGAUCGCCCGGCCGGCCCCAGGGUAGACCGCGAUGGCGGCCGUGCCAUGGGCCCUGCCCCCGCCUCCAGCAUCCUGGAGAUGGAUUAUAAGGGUCAAGAACUAGCAGAGAAGAUAUUUAUGGGAAUCAUUCAGACCUCGGCUAUCAUUGGUUUUAUGUAUGGCUAUUGGGUUGAAGAUUUCGGAUGGACCAUCUCCAUAUUCCUAAGUGGAUUUGUUAUUUCCUGUGUGAUGACGCUCCCUCCAUGGCCUAUGUAUCGCCAGCAUCCCUUAAAAUGGCUAUCUGUUCAGGAUUCAAGAUCAAGGAGCCAAAGAUAAGAAAAUAGCCACGAGAAACAGACGGCAGGAUUAAGAGGGGCCUUUUUAGUGAAACUGCCAUGAUUUGUGAUCCCAAAAAUGUUAACAGUGGAGAGAAAAAUAAAAUAGCUAAAGGCCAAAUUUUGCUUUUUUGAGCUAGUCACUUCUGUCAUUGAGUUAAUAAAACAUCCUAAAACAGAACUACAUUCCAAUAUAUUGCAGAAUUGUGUUCAGUUUUAAUGUUUUACAUAGUUUGCUACAGACAUUUAGGUUCUAGUUAAUUUUUUCUCCAAGGCCAAAAGUAUUCAUUCAGUGGGCCGUGAUUCAUGUCACUGGGUGCAAAUUGUUAUUUUAAGUUCACCUGAAUAGUGAGGAA